CGGCUAGAUAAAGCUCUCUCCAUCACGAUCAUGUCCACUGCAAAUUACGGAGACAUCAUAGAAGUAACCGCCCCUGCUGAUUUUCAUGUUCACCUUAGGGAUGGUGAACUAUCGAACCUCGUUACACCCCACGUCCACGAGGGUGGUUUCUAUCUUGCCUAUGUUAUGCCAAAUCUGGUGCCCCCAAUCACUACUACAGAGAUGGCAAUCGAAUACAAGAAAAGGUUGAAGGAUUACUCGGGAUCAUCCAAAGUGGAGUUCCUCAUGACACUCUAUCUUUCCGAUGCUCUCCAUCCCAGCGAUGUCAAAAAUUGGAAGGCUGCGGGUAUCGUGGGCGUCAAAUCAUAUCCCCGUGGCGUGACUACAAAUUCGGACGAGGGAAUCGAGAGUUAUGAUAAAUACGACGAACUAUUCAAAGCGAUGGAGGUGCACGGCAUCGUGCUUAAUCUUCACGGAGAAAUUCCAUCAGAUCACUCCAAAAACAUUUGCGUCCUCAACGCUGAGGAACGUUUCCUUCCCGUUCUCGCAAACCUAGCCAACAAAUACCCUAAACUGCGUAUCGUUCUCGAACAUGCGACAACUGCAGCUGCGGUCAACGCUGUCAAAGCCUGCGGUGACAAUGUCGCAUGCACAAUCACAGCACACCACCUCGCCCUCACAGUAGAUGACUGGGCAGGCCAAUCUUUCCACUUCUGUAAACCUGUUGCCAAAUUUCCAGAUGAUCGUCACGCCCUUCGAGAAGCUAUCAAAUCCGGCAACAAGAAAUUCUUCCUCGGUUCUGAUUCUGCACCGCAUCCGAGCCUUUCAAAAUCGACAGCAACAGCGACAAGCGGGUGUGCAGCAGGGGUUUAUACAUCUCCUAUUCUUCUCCCCCUCGUCGCGCACCUCCUCGAUUCGUUCGGAGCGAUCGACAGGUUGGCUGAUUUUACGAGUAAUUUUGGGCGCGGAUUUUAUCAGAUUCCGGCGGAUUCAGACGCUCCGAAGGUUCUGGUCGAGAAGGUGCAAGGGGUGAGCGUGCAAGCUGAAUAUAGUAACGAGUGGAAGACAGUCGUGCCUUUCUGGGCAAACAGACAGAUCGAGUGGCAGAUUGUAAAUGUCAAGGAAUGAUUGGGGGCGAGAUGUUCGAAGGCGAGAAGGAACGACUGUCUUCGUUCGUGCAUGGUCUGACUACGGGAGACUGGUUCUCGCCCACACUUUGAUUCGAACAUGUACUUAGUAUAUAGCAUACAAGAAGUCCACUCACCUUGUGAGCCACAUCAUCUCCUUACUUGCCGACUUAGCUUGCAGCUGCGGGUUGGCACGCUCUCAAGGAGCUAGUCUUUGCCACCGCCUUAAAUUAGCCAAUUAGUAUCUGCUCUCCACAGCGCAGACUGUGUCAAUUGCUUGAUGGAUUUCAUCAGUACUUUACCUGUGUAUAAAUGAUAUCGAUGGCAAUGGAGUC